AUGAAGUUCUCUCAGUUUCUCGUAUAUGGCCUUUGCUUCGCCUUCCGGCAAGCGGCGGCCAAAGCCGUCUUUGCCCACUUUAUGGUUGGGAAUACGGCCAACUAUCAAACCAGUGACUGGGAAGAUGAUAUCAACAAGGCCCAGGAGGCACAUAUUGACGCCUUUGCUCUGAACAUGGCAAACGGGGAGUCGAUGAACGAUGCUUCCCUCGCAGCCGUCUUCUCAGUUGCCGAGUCCAAAGGCUUCAAACUGUUCUUCUCUUUCGACUAUGCUGGUCAAGGGCCAUGGGAUAGCGGUGUCGUUACCGGGCUCAUCAACAAGUGGGCGGCCAGCGCAGCCUACUACCGCCAUCAGGGACAGCCUUUCGUCAGCACCUUUGAAGGCCCUGAUCAAGCCGACGACUGGAUAUCCAUCAAGGCGGCUACUGGCUGCUUUUUCGUCCCUGACUGGUCGUCGCUCGGAGCCGCAGCCGCCAUGCGGAAGUGUGGAGGCUGCGCGGAUGGACUGUUCAGCUGGGCAGCGUGGGCAUGGGGUGAUAGGGAUAUGGAUGACUAUGUUGAUGCUUCUUAUCAUGACUUCCUGGGAGGAAAGCCAUACAUGAUGUCAGUGUCACCUUGGUUCUAUACCAACCUGCCAGGCUACAAUAAGAACUGGCUCUGGCGUGGAGAUCAUGUCUGGUAUGAUAGGUGGAUCCAGGUGUUUUCCAGAGAGCCGGAGUGGGUCGAGAUCAUCUCAUGGAAUGACUACGGAGAGUCUCAUCACAUUGGGCCUAUGCGCGACCAUGCCAUGGAUGCCUUCACCGUGGGAAAGGCGCCCUACAACUAUGCCCUACAGCACGAUGGUUGGAGGUCGACCCUGCCGCACACAAUCGACAUUUAUAAAAACGACGUUGCCCACAUCGACACCGAAGGAAUACAAUUCUGGUACCGGCUCCACCCCAAUGAUGCGUGUACCAGCGGGGGAACAUCCGGAAACACGGCUCAGCAGUUGCAAUAUGAGUUCGAGCCUGCCGAUGUGUUGCACGACUCCGUCUUCUUCACGGCGAUCCUGGCGUCGGAAGCAGAUGUGGAGGUGACCAUCGGCGGCGAGGCGGGCACGGUCUACUGGCGCAACAAGCCCGAGGGCGGAGUAGGCAUGUGGCACGGCUACUCAGGAGUCGGUUCUCGAACGGGCAAGGUCGAGAUCAAGCUGCACCGGGGCGGCGACGUGAUCGCGCAGGUCACGGGUGAGGCAAUCACAACGUCGUGCGAGAAGAACGUCAACAACUACGAUGCCUGGGUCGGGUCGCAGUUCACCAAGCGUAUCCCCACCGUCACCACGCCGCCACUGUCGUCGAUGGUGUGCGUGGACGGCUGGGCGGUGGAUGACUUCCUCUCUCUCUGCUCGUACUCCUGUGGGCUGGGCUACUGCCCACCAGGAGCCUGCAUCUGCCGCGCCAUGGGGACAAUGCCGAAGCGACCAGACUGGACCGGCGUGACCGGAUACCCGGCAGAAGGCUUGAGUGGCAGCUAUGGCGGGCUCUGUAGCUUCGACUGUGGGUUCGGCUACUGCCCUUCGGAAUAUUGUGGGACGACGCAGUAUCCUGCUAUCGAGCCGCGCGUGUCUCCUUUCCUGCCGCCGACGUGUACCUCAGGAACGGCAGACGGGGCAUUCGAGGCUCUGUGUAGCUUCACUUGUUCUCACGGGUUCUGUCCAAUUUCUGUGUGCACAUGCCUGUCCCAGGGGCCGCUCAACCUCCUCGACCCUACCACGCCCUCCAUCGCCAAAGCAUUGCCGCACCUGGGUGAUGACCACGGCCUGUGUGCCUUUGCGUGCGCGCGCGGGAACUGCCUGUCGGACGUGUGUGACUCCCUAUCAGGCCUGCCAGGGCGAGAGACAGAAGACCCGACGCCGGCAGGACCAGACCUGAGCAUCCCGCACCUGGGCGAGGACUGCUACCGGUACGACCACUGCGAAGACCUGGAGGACCGCACCACAUGGUCGUGCAACGACGGCUACGAGUACGUCGGCUGGGACCUCGACGUCUGCAAGGGCCUCGGGGGCCAGUGGGGGAAGCCCAUCUGCUGCAAGUCGUCGGACCUUCCGAUGGACUGCAUCUGGCGCGGCGGCGGGUCCGACUGCAACGGGCAGUGUCACUCUGGCGAGGUGACGCUGUUCGAGAGCGGCGACGGCGGCUGGCCGACCGAGAGCAACGACGACCAGUGCACGCGCGGCUACAAGAACUUCUGCUGCGAGCUGCGCACCUUUGACGACCUGACGGGCCGGUGCCACUGGACGGGGUGUGGCGGAUCGUGCAACGACGACGAGCAGGACGUCGCCUACGCCUACAACCUCGGCCUCUGCACCAUCUUCAACUCGGGCCAGCACUACUGCUGCCAGGACGAAAAGAAGCCGCUGGAAAACUGCCACUGGGUCGGGCAGGGCGACUGUGCCGACAAUACGUGCAACAGCAACGAGGUCACGCUCGAGGUCAACUCGCAGGGUGACACUUACGGGAGCUGCGCCUGGUUCCGCAACAAGGCGCUGUGCUGCACGGCAAACGACGACGUUUUUGAGCAGGCCACGUGUGGCAUCCAGCUCUGCGACACCGAGUUCGCCGCGGCCGAGGGCAUCAGCUGUGGCCAGGACCCCUACGCCGACGACAUGUCGGACGAGGACCUGUGUGAAGACCCCGGCUCGCUGUCCACGAGAGAUGAUUUACACUGGCAUGUGGACAACUCCACUGGCACUGCAAACACCGUGACGAACUCGUCGUCGCUCCUUGUCCUGGAAAACCCCUCUGAGCUGACUCGUCGCGGCACAAAGCGCACUUAUGAGGUCGACUGGGAGUGGCUGACCUCGGCCUGGACCCUUGUUGUCUUCUCGAGGGCCUAUCCGGGCUCGUCGCACUUACACGACCGCACGCGCAGCACCCCGGCCACCAACCUGGCCUUCCGGAUGCGCGAUGGCUGUACGUCGACGGAUAUUAUCACGGUUGAUACGACCACUCUCAACAGUACUGAGAGAGCAGCCCACUGGGACACUGAGCAUAACCCGGAUCUCCAAUAUAUUCGCGACUUUGUCUACACCUUGGGCACGGGCAUACUGCCAGACGGCACGCGGACGACCAACAACGCCUUUAUCAAUGGCCAGGACAUGGAGUCGUACUGGAACGCCCGCGUGCUCGACCGCAGCCUGCCCCAGGCGGGAAGUAGUCGUUGCAUCCGCACGCCCAACGACUACUUCAUGGACCGCUUCGGGUCGCAGGGAAACCGGUACCCGCUGCUGCUGUGCGAGCGGAACCUCAACCAGAUGAAGGGCAUCGUCUUCAACCUGGACCAGACCAAGAAGAACGCGGCCGGCGAGGUGGUCCCCACGGAUCCCAUGAGCACCGAAAACUUCGAGACCCUGGUCGAGCGUCUGAUGGGGGGCGACGUGCAGGCGCAGAACCAGAUCUUCGAGCACCUGCGCGUCGUCAUUGCCGUCUUCGUCUACAUCAACCACCCGGACGCGCAGCGCAUCAUCCAGCACAACCGCCGCGAGCUGCAGGCCGCCGCCGACGCCAUCAGCGGCCAGGUCGGCGCCUUCAGCCGGGUCGGCGCCAUCCACCGCGAGUUCAACAUCAACUGGUACCGGCGCGCCGCCGACCUGGCCAGGACCUGGGUUGGUGAUCGGCUCAUCGAUAUCAUCGGCGCCUUGAACAGGGCCUCGAAUGCCAGCCCGCAGACGCUCCCACCCAACUGGCGGUCUAUCAACCAGACCGUAUCAGAGCUGUACGACGACCUGAAGAAGAUCAGACCCCCGCCGGAUCCAUGA